AUGGCGCAGAAUCGCCCCGCCGCCUUCAACACUCUCAGGAUGGGAGAGGUUAUUCGCGAGAAGGUCCAGGACGGGAUCACUGGAGAAACGAGAGACCUCCAGUACACGCAAUGCAAGAUUGUUGGCAACGGCUCUUUCGGUGUCGUCUUUCAGACCAAGCUUUCGCCGUCAGGAGAGGAUGCGGCUAUUAAACGUGUCCUCCAAGACAAGCGAUUCAAGAACCGUGAACUUCAGAUCAUGCGGAUCGUCCGGCAUCCCAACAUCGUGCAGCUAAAGGCCUUCUAUUACUCCAAUGGCGAACGCAAAGAUGAGGUUUACCUCAACCUUGUACAGGAGUUCGUGCCCGAGACGGUCUACCGCGCCUCCCGCUUCUUUAACAAGAUGAAGACGACAAUGCCCAUCCUGGAGGUCAAGCUCUACAUUUACCAGCUCUUCCGCGCCCUCGCCUACAUUCACUCGCAAGGAAUUUGCCAUCGUGACAUCAAGCCUCAAAAUCUCCUUCUCGACCCCACGUCGGGUAUUCUGAAGCUGUGUGAUUUCGGCAGCGCCAAGAUCUUGGUCGAGAACGAGCCAAAUGUGUCGUACAUUUGCUCACGAUACUACCGAGCACCGGAGCUUAUUUUUGGUGCCACGAAUUACACCACCAAGAUCGACGUGUGGUCCACUGGCUGUGUGAUGGCAGAGCUCAUGCUUGGACAACCUCUUUUCCCCGGAGAAUCAGGCAUCGACCAGCUUGUCGAGAUUAUCAAGGUCCUUGGCACGCCUACACGAGAGCAAAUCCGCACGAUGAACCCCAAUUACAUGGAACACAAGUUCCCGCAAAUCAAGCCGCAUCCCUUCGCCAAGGUCUUUAGGAAGGCGGAUGCGAAUGCGAUUGAUUUGAUCGCGCGCCUCCUCGAAUACACCCCGACAGAGAGACAAGCCGCCGUCGAGGCCAUGAUCCACCCGUUCUUUGACGAGCUGAGAGAUCCUAACACCAGACUGCCUGACUCCCGACACCAGAGCGGCGAGAUCCGUGAUCUACCCCCUCUAUUUGACUUCAGCCGCCACGAGCUUUCGAUUGCCCCGAGCCUGAACCACCAGCUGGUGCCCCCUCACAUGAAAUCAGUCCUGGCCGGAAGGGGAUUGGACAUUGAUAAUUUCACUCCGAUUCCGAAGGCCGACAUGAUGGCCAAACUGGAUUGA